GUAUUGCUUCUGCUGAAGCGGAAGAACAAGCUUAUCUUCAAGCGAUUCGACAGCAGCAGCAACAGCAACAGCAACAAGACACCACCGUAGGACCUACCCCAUCACCUUCCCGAUCAACAUCUUCUGCUCAAUAUUACGAUGCGGUACGACAACAAAAUCCAUCAGUAACGAUGCGACCUUCUGCCUCUCGUCUGUCAAUGAAUCGUACAAAGCAACUGAACCGAAGAUCGUGGCACGGAAGACAAGUGCCUCCUUUAAGAGCUCCUUCCGUAGCCUCGACUCAUUCCGCCACCAUGUCCAUGGCAACCGCGCGUACCAGUAUGCCAAGACGACUUUCUGUAUCGUCAUCGAGAGCAACGCCAACCGUGGAGAGCGUAUCUGGCAUGCGCCCUCAAUCUUCAGCAUCUAUGCGUUCUCAGGGUCAGGAACGAAGACCAUUGCCGUUGCAAGCGAUGCUUCGCGAACCUCUGCUGGAUGAAUCGCUCGAUAACACCAUCAACCCUUGGGUACAUCAUCCUUCUAUUCAACGUUAUCAUCUUGACGAUGGUCACACCAGCGAUGACAGUAUCGAGGACGAGCGUUUGGCCGAUCGUCAAGCUAUAUUGGAUAGUCGGUUCCUAGCCUCCCCUUCACCGCAUCCUACUUCCCAGCAGCCGCCUCCUGUCAAUUCCAUUCCCCGCCAUGAUAUCCCGACCAUCUCUUCUCAAGAUACCUCCAUCAGAUCUGGUCGUGCAACUCCAUCUUCCCACAGCCUGGCUGCGAUUGCGGAAAUCAGUGGACCCAUGUCAACCCCCAAACCAUCGGACGAAUCCAUUGAAUCCAUUGGCAAAAUCCCGGCCCUAUCGUUAUCCGAACCUCAUUCGCAGAUGGGCUCUGCGUUGCCACCAUCGGAGGGUUCACAACCUAAACGCGUCAGUAAACCGCUUCCGCCAGAUCAGUACACAUCAGUUGUGGCUCUAGGACCCGCUACCAAACGUGCAUUGGAAUCGCUGCAGAUGGAAAUUUUUGCAUUGAAUGAGCGCAUCGAUGGUCUCCGGCAAGAGUUGAUGGAAAGAGACCAGCGUCGUCGCAACAAACGAGCAAAGAAACGCCUGACCGGAAAUCAAUCUGGCAGCAGCAAUGGCAACGAUGACGACAGUCAAUAUGACUCGGCCUUUGAAGGAUGGAAGUGGGUGAUCAAGGCGGCGGUAAGACAUGCAUUUGUCAACUUGGCCACUGCGAUCUGUCUCUUCUUGUUACUCUACAGACAAGGCAAUCCCAUCGCCUAUGUUUUGGAUCACGAGAUGUGGCCGCGACAUAUCUUAUUAUCACAGAAAAAUCACUGCAUGGUAACCCCAAGUUGGAUGAGGAUUCCGCGAUCGAAACGAUAGAGAAAGAAGAUAUAAACCAUAGAGGCUAUAGUAGAGGAUGGCCGUACCUCAGGCACCUGGAAAUAACGAUACGAGCGGGCUUAUGAUCUGUCUUUUGUAUGACCUUCCCCGAUAAAUUGGAAAUGGUCGG